UCGCAGAAUCGGUGCACAUUCUCGAAAUGCAACAUAUUCUGCGAGGACUAUCCGGCGGGGCACGAAUUAAAUUACAUUUCGCGCCAAAUGCGACCAAGGCAAAACAGUGUGUUCAUUGGAUCUAGCAUGUCCUUCCUCUCUGGAGGUGGAGGUAUACUGCGUCGCACAAAAAGCGCUCUCGAUCUUCAGUUCCUGAUGUUUUCGGAGAACAACACCUCCAACGAACAGGAUGCUUUAAAAAACCUGAAGCCAGCCAACGAGUCCACGAAAUUGUUGCGAGACGAACGAAAGGCUAGUAUCGGUCAAUUGAACAAAAUCGAAACGUCUAAGUCUGCCUUUCGAGACAGAGGAAUGAGUAUCUGUCAAUUCGAUGCUUUCCCAAAAUUAUGGCAACGAGACCGCCGGAUGAGUGUUUGCCAAUUUGACAGGAUGGAGGUACUUGCCAGACCGUUGCAAAGAAAUCGUGGUGGAAGUAUUUGUCACUUCGAUAGAAUGGACGUGUUAGCCAGACCGCUGCAGAGAGAUCGUAUAGGUAGUGCUUACCAUUUUGAUAGAAUGGAUGUUCUGGCUAGGCCAAAUUUUUCUCUUGGCAAAAUCUUGAUGAGGGAAAGACGCGUCAGCAUGAGCAAUUUUCUCGAGAAAGACGAGGGAGCAGCGAAAGGUAAUCAAAUAGCACGGCGUCUAAGCAGCAAUAGCGUUGAAAAAGUCGAGAAGGCAGCAUCUGUCGACGAAGCGGUAUGUGGAAAGAAAAAGGAGAAAUUUGCCAAAUAUAUACCCGAAGAAAAUAAAAAUACCUCUUAUCAACUGGAACCGUCAUGCAGCAAAGCACCCGAAACUGUGUUUGAUUACAAGACUACUUGUCUGUAGCAGGAGAAAAUUAUACGUAAAACUUAUUAAUAUCCUAUUGCUAAAGAUCAUGUUAAAUUUUCAAUAAUGUAAUAAUCGUUUUACUGUUAUGAAAUUAUAUCAGGAAACGGUAUGUAAUGAUAUGAACAAAAUAUGAAAAAGUAAUUACAUGAUAUGUACAUUUUAUCUCUGUUUCGAAAACAGAAAUCUCUGUUACCGACACAAAAAAUUGCUUAUAACCAUAGUUUUUCGUGAAAGUUAUUAUAGAAUUGAAUACGCACGUUAAAAACUCUAAGGAGUAUAAUUAUUUAUAUAGAUUCUUUAAUAAUACGAUGUACCAGGUGUUGGUUUACAAUACUUCAAGCUUCUAUGGAAAUGAAAAGUUAUAAUUUUGAGAGUUAACAAUUUCUUUUUAUUUUAAUACACAAUGUUUG